CGCAAAUAUCAAUUUCAGCACCACUUAUAUUUAUUACUAUUACUAUUUACUAUUUAUUUCUAUUCAUUCAUUACCCAUCCACCAUGUCAGAAACAUCACGAAGCAUUAAUCAUAAAUUAAAUGAACUUUUAGCCAAAUCUCCCUCUACUCCUACGUCACCAAAUUCAGUUAAGAAAUUAGAUAGUUCAACGAGUCAAACUUAUGCUACAAUCUUAAGAUCAAAUAUUUUAGGUAAGGACAAACAAGAGAAAGUUAAUUCUAUUGUAGUUCUUGCUAAAUUAUUAGAUUGUAUAAUCAGUAAUAAUAUAACUUAUAAUGAUUUUAUAUCUUUAGAUCAUUCAUUAUUUUCAACUUUAUUUUCCAUAAUAAGUUCAAAUAUGUCUUCAGAAACUUAUAAGGCAAUUCUUAAAAUAUCUGUUAUUGUUAUGUCAGGAACAAUUUUUAAAUUAGAUCAAUUAUCUAAUUAUUUACCUUUAUUAGAUUCAUUAGUGGAUUAUUUAGAUGUAUUGGAUAUUUUAACUACAAAAUUGUAUCUUCAAGAUAAUAAAAUUACUUAUCAUUCAAUUAAAUUAAUUACUGAUAUUUUAAAUCAAUCUUUAAAAUUUAAUUAUCCUGGUUUAAUUACUUUAAUUGGUAGAUUAAAACAUGUAACAUUUUUCAGUUCAGUUGGAAAUCUGAUUGAAACUGAUGAUAAAUUAAUUAAUGAAUCAAUUAAUAAAUUAAAAUUAACUUAUUUUAAUGUUAAUAGUUAUUUAAAUUCUACUAAAUUUGAUCUUACUAUAAAAUCUCAUCAAAUUCUACUUAAUAAUUUAUUCAUUUAUUUAGAAGUUUCAUUAAAUGAAUAUGGUACUGCUGCUACAGUUGAAGAAUAUAUUAAAUCUGGUUUUACUGAUAAUCCUAGAAAUUUUGUUAUUGAAAAUUUUAACCUUUUAUUAGCUAUGAAUUUAAAAGUAUUUUUAAAGGAUCCAAAUUUUACAUUUAAAAAGAGAUUUCAUGAAGAAUUAAUGUUAAGUGAACAUUCAAGAACUUUCCCAUUAUAUCUUUUUAUUAAUAAAUGUACAAGAAUGUGGUUACUGAUUUUAUAUGAUAAAAGAGAUGAAUAUCCUAUGAUAUCUAAUUCAAUUCUUAGUUGGGAAUUAAUGAUUUAUUAUACAAUGAAUAAUUGUCUUGUAUUAUGGCAAGAAACUAAAGCGGAAUUAAGUGAAGCUGAUGUUGAUAAAAUUCUUCAAUUAUUAAAAUCAAAUGUUCAAUCUAUAGAACAAGAAUUAACUAAUCAUUAUAAAACUUUUGAAGAUUGUUUAGAUAUAACUGCUCAUAAAUCAUCACAAGAAAUGAGAAGUUAUCAGAGUAAUUCUAUUAUUGAAGCUCAUAGAGCUAAAUGGGCAUCACAAUUCGAAGCUUUUAAUGAUAAUUUAAAACAAGAAGUAAUAGAUUUUGUAUCAGAACAAAGAGCUAUUCAAUUAUUGAAAGGUCUAUGGGUAUAUAGCGAAUCUCAUGGAGAAUCAUUAUUAAGAGAUAAUGCCCUCUAUAAUAAUAAUCAUCAUGCUCAUAGGAAAACAAUUACCUCCUCCAAUUCAAGUGCCAAAUUUUAUUUUAUUAUACUUUCACCCAAUCGUCAAUCUAUUUAUUAUAAGGCUUUUGCCGAAAAAUUAUCACAUAAUCCAACUUAUGAAGAAAUGGAAUCACAAGCUAUUCGUAUCUCUGAUAUAAGUUCAUUUGAAUCAACUAAAGUUGGUGAACAUAUUGGAGAAAGUGAUCGUCGUAUUAAUGAUAAAUUAAUUUCCAUUAAGGGAACUAUCUCAUAUGAAAGAAUUACCAUUUAUGGAGCUCAUAAGAAAAGACUUCUUAGUUUCUAUACUGAUACAGAAGUCAAUAAAUAUGUUUGGUUAGAUGGACUUAAAUUACAAAAGGGAUUAUUUAAUGAAGUUUCUGAUGAUACAAGAUUACAAAUUCAAGGACUAUUGGAUAUUAGAAGAAAUACUCAAUUAUUAUCCUUAGAAGGUAUAUCGGCAAAGGAAGAAGAAAUAGAUACUGACUAUUAUAAUAAUGAUGAAUUGUUAGAUAUACAGCAAGACUUUUAUUAUACAUAAUUGGUAACUAUCACUCACCCAUUACCCAUCAAUUUCAUCAAUUAAUUGUACAUUAGUCAUUACCCAUUAACUCUACUGCCCCUUUAUACGCAGUUAAUUUCGAGUUAAAUUUUUUUAGCAACAAAAUGCCGACGCAAAAAAAAAUUUCUGAUUUCUGAUUUUUCGCGCAUUAUGCUCAUCUCUCUUAUGUAU